UCGGAUCUUCAUUCUAGUAAACUCGUUCCACGCGCAGGGCCAAAGGAGCUGUUUUUGACGAAAGAUCUUCGGACGUUAGGGUUGCAAUGGGGGUUUACGGAGAACAAUCCAGAAGAGACAAGCCUGGUAGACGUAAUCAUGGGCUAACUCAGCAGAAAAGGCAAGAAAUCAAAGAAGCAUUUGAGCUAUUUGAUACUGAUGGGUCUGGCACAAUUGAUGCCAAGGAGUUGAAUGUUGCAAUGAGGGCCUUGGGUUUUGAAAUGACGGAGGAGCAAAUUAAUCAAAUGAUAGCGGACGUAGACAAAGACGGAAGUGGUGCAAUUGAUUUUGAUGAAUUUGUGCACAUGAUGACUGCCAAAAUUGGUGAGAGGGACAGCAAAGAGGAGCUAACAAAAGCAUUCCACAUCAUUGACCAAGAUAAAAAUGGGAAAAUAUCUGUGGAAGACAUUAAGCAUAUCGCUAAGGAGUUGGGUGAACAUUUUACCGAUGCCGAGAUCCAUGAGAUGGUGGAAGAAGCAGAUCGUGAUCAUGAUGGAGAAGUUGGGGCAGAGGAGUUCAUGAGGAUGAUGAAGAGAACUUCGUAUGGAUAUUAAUCAUCCCGCUUUUCCUUUCAUCUGAUGCCACAUUAUGUUGAUGGUAAACGUUAUCUUGUAUGUUUUUCUUUCCUUCUCGUUGUUUCCAUAUAUCAAUCUGACUUUUGACAUGAAAACGUCUAAAUGUUUUUUUAGUGUGAUAUAUAUAGUGCAAGUAUGAUUGUAGUAU